AUGUUUUUUAAUUUUUCUCCGCGUAGGUACCACAGCCUGUACAUGAAAUGCAAGGGAAACGUCUUCAAAAACAAGAGGGUCCUCAUGGAACACAUCCACAAGAAGAAGGCUGAGAACUCAAGAGCCAAGAUGCUCAAUGACCAGGCAGAGGCCAGAAGAACCAAAGUGAAGGAAGCCCGCAAGAGACGUGACGAGCGCCAGGUUGUCAAGAAAGAAGAGAAGUUAAAGACAUUUGCCAAGGAAGAUGAAGAACAGCAAAAAUAA